AUGUCUAACUAUCCCAACUACUAUCCACCGCCUGGCCAUCCAGCGGGUGCCAAAACAUACCACCCAUCACCAAUGGAUCCUCCGUACUAUGAGGCACCUCCUCACGCACCUCCGCCCGGAUAUCAGCAGCCUAUCUAUCCGCCGCAACCAGGGUCUUCUGGCAUUCAAGGACCACCAAACUACUACACUCGCGUAGGCUUCACCAGACUCCCCGCCAAGUUCCACAUUUGGAAUGUCGUGACGAGCAGCGGCGCAAGCUGUCUCGAACUGGGCCCUCAGCUCAAAGGCCCGCUAGCUUACUCUGCAAAAAUGUUCUCUAGCAACAGACUCAAGAUCAAGGAAGGCCCAUAUGCAUCUGAGAAUCUGCCUAUUUGCACUAUAGAGAGCCGACACAUGUUUAGCAGUAAGAGCACCAUUACCUUUGACGGCUUUCAGGCGAAUUUCGUGGAGACUAGUGUGUUUAAUGACGGCGCAACCUGGCCAUUUGACGUUGAGGUCAAUGGUUCUUCCCAGGGAUGGCAGUGGAGAAGGAAGAAGACACAAAAACAAUCAACGGUGGGGCAGAUAGUUGAAGCUUUUUCCGACAGUGACUUUGGAAGCUGGGAACUUGUCCCCGGUUUAGGACAGAGCUGGCCUAUGGCCACCUUCGAGGCUACUGGAGGAAACACCUUUGAGGAUAAUGCGGCGCUUGGUGUAUUUGAGUUCCACGGUCCGGCAGCUAUUGGUCAGUUGGGUGACAUUUUUGUAAAUGUUUCUAUCGCUAUACUGCUCCGCAUUAUAUCGCAACAUUACAUUAGUAGAAUUGCGGCGUUGGCAGGCUCAUAG